GCCGCCCUGCGCGAGUUUGGCGGGAAGACGCCGGCUGCUGCCGAGCGGCGAGAUGUCCGGGUCGCGCGCGGCGGCUGAGGAGCAAGCGGACGUCGGACAGCAAGUCCAGGUGCAGGUGAAUGAAUGUAAGGAAAACCAAAACGUCUCUCGUGUAUCUCUGAGUCCAGUUCAGACUACAGUUUUAGGGAAAACCGCUAAGGUGUGUCUUGUCCCCUUUUCACUCAGUAAUUACAAGCUAGACCAAUUUAAGAACCUCAAAGCCCCAUUAGAUAAGAAUUCUAACUAUGAAGUGGUGUGCAAGAGGCGUAAGAAGACUGCAAUUAAGAAAACCUGUGGAAGGAUUUUAAUUCCGAGAAUGGAAGCCACAUCUCCCAAGGCAGAAUCCAUUCCGCAAAAGUCAUCCAUAGAUGUUCAUACUGAAAGCCAAAAGCAACCCUCAGAUACAGUGAUUUCCAGUGCUGAUGUGGAAAGCGGUCAGGAUGGAGACAGUGAUGAAGAUGACACAUCAGGCCUGGAUGAGUUUUCAGGAUUGUCACCAUAUGAAAGGAAGAGACUGAAGAACAUAUCAGAAAAUGCAAAUUUUUUUGCUUCUCUUCAGUUAUCUGAGUCAGCUGCAAGGCUGCGUGAAAUGAUAAAGAAGAGACAGCCUCCUGAAUCCAAAAGAAAGAAGCCUAAGAAGAGGGAAAAUGGGAUUGGAUGUAGAAGGUCAAUGCGAUUACUGAAAGUAGAGCCUUCAGGAGUUCCAUUACCAGAGACUCCAACUCAGCCAACAAUAGUAGCAGAUGAAAAUCCUUUGUUACCUUCUGGGCCUUUAGAAAUGACUCCUGAAAAUCGAGAUGAUAACAGUGAACUUUUUAAAGGCUUUCUACAAAUAUGGGCAAAAAUGAAUAAGACAAGUAGUAAGAAUAUCGAAAAGAAGUUAUCCAACAUUAAAAGCUACAAAGCCAACUUAAAUGACAUGGUCAUAAAUGAAGAUACUGUUUGUAAAGUUUUCAAAGGCCCAAUAUUCUCUUUGGCUCUCCAUCCAUCAGAAAAUAGAACUUUAGUGGCUGCUGGAGCUAAAUUUGGGCAAGUUGGACUUUGGGAUUUGACUCAGCAACCUAAAGAAGAUGGGGUUUAUGUUUUUCAACCCCAUACUCAGCCAGUUAGUUGUCUUUACUUCUCACCUGCCAAUCCGGCUCACCUACUGUCACUGAGCUAUGAUGGCACGUUACGCUGUGGGGAUUUUUCCAGCGCAGUUUUUGAAGAGGUAUAUAGAGAUGAAAGAAGUAGCUUUUCCUCCUUUGACUUCUUGGCAGAAAAUGCCUACUCUUUAAUAGUAGGACACUGGGAUGGAAGUAUGUCACUGGUGGAUAGACGGACACCUGGAGCCUCUUAUGAGAAAUUUAACUCUUCUAUGAGUAAAAUAAGAACUGUUCAUGUUCACCCAGUACAGAGACAUUAUUUCAUGGCUGCAGGAUUGAGGGAUAUUCACAUUUAUGAUACAAGGUGCUUGAAACCGAGGGGAAGAAAGCCUUUGAUUUCUUUGACUGAACAUACAAAGAGCAUCGCUUCUGCCUACUUUUCUCCUGUUACUGGUAACAGAGUAGUGACCACAUGUGCUGAUUGUAAGCUGAGGAUCUUUGACAGCAGCUAUAUAUCCUCUCAUAUUCCUCUCCUCACCACCAUCAGGCACAACACCAUUACUGGGAAAUGGCUGACUAGAUUCCAAGCCGUGUGGGAUCCUAAACAAGAAGACUGUUUCAUAGUUGGCAGCAUGGCCCAUCCACGACGGGUAGAAGUUUUCCAUGAGACAGGAAAGCUGGUGCAUUCUUUUUUUGGUGAAGAAUGCCUUGCUUCUGUGUGUUCCAUCAAUGCUAUGCACCCAACUCGGUAUAUUUUGGCUGGAGGUAAUUCCAGUGGGAAGGUACAUGUUUUUAUGAAAUAAGAAUAUUGAGUUUUUGGUUUGGCAACACUGAUUUGUUUAAUCAGUGCUUAAGGAACCCAGUGAUUCAUGUGGUUUAAUCUUUUCACUUGGUAAUAUAUAGUCUGCUUAGUAAAUAUAAUACUGCUUUAUCAAUAACAACCUUUAGUAAGGUAAAAAGCCUUAGAGUGUUUCUACUACAUGGGGAGGGAAUCUGAGGGGAGGCUAUGAUGCCUUUAGCACUUUUAGUUAGGCACUAUGUUGAGAAAUUCUGGCAUUGUAAUUUAUAAAGCUUGGAAUUAGCAGUAUUAAAAGAUUGUAUGAUCUAAUGGUAUUUUUUUAUUUUAUAGUGAUAAAUAGAUUCAUGGUUUAUUUUAUAGUUUGGAGUAUUUUUUCUAGAGUCACACACUGGGAAGGGUCUCAGAGGUACUAAAAGGUCAUCUAACUUCAUGAUUUUGAAACCUUUCAUUUUCUUAACCAAGAAACCCCUUUUCUCCUCUGCCUUUAAAUUAAAUCUUUUGUGAAAGUGUUAAAUAAUUGCUGAGACGCUUUGGUUCACUGAUGCAGGACCUGGGUCUUUGUGCCGACACUUUCCCUUCCCCUUAGAGACUCAUAGCUUCUUCCUAUGGCACAGCAAAGCAAUCCCAGGGAUCCUAGGGAUGUAGUUUGGAUCAAUCUGACCCCUGCAGCCCAGAGAUUGCCCUCAGAUCAGUAUUUCCCAGGCUUUGGGCUGUAGCUGAUCACAUGAAGUCAUUUUUUAGUGGCCAUGACUGGUGUUUUAAAAAAUGAAAAGUAAAGAAAUAGAAAACAUAAAAGCAAGUAUUGUUUUGUGAAUCUUAAUGACAUAUGCACAUAUAUAUGUAGGUUGUGUAUGUAUAUUCUGGUGUGAAAUGUUUGUUACUGUGGUAUUGCGGGUCAUAGUUUAAAGAAGUGAAAGUACUGCCUUAGAAGGCCCCACACAGCCCUCUCUCUCCUUGUAUUUGAACUCUCCACAAGAGAUUCAGUAAUCUGUUAUGUCAUUAUUUUUAUUCUUAUUCAUACUCUGAGGCAAUAUUAUGCAAUACUCACUACUUUUGGCAUUUCUCCAUAAAAAUAUUUUCAGAAGUUUCAACAGUUUGAAUUUUUCUGUUGUUGGAAGGAGAGCUACUAAAUCCGUGACUAAGGUAAUGUCACACAGUACUAUAUCAAGCUUUUGUCAUUGUUCUUCAUUGCCAAAGUACUACUAAAAGACUAUUGCAAAUAACUUUGAUGCAAUUAUAUUUGAAUUCUAAAAUAUUAUCUUCUCAAAAUUGUUUAUCACAGAAAUAAAGUGACAUGUAUAAUUUCCUUGAAUAAUUCUUGACUCAGUAAUUUCCUUCGCUGAUUGAAAUCUAAGUGUUUGGAGUUUCUGUUUAUUAAUAGGUUGUAGAUAUUUAUAAGGUCUAGGAAUUCUCUGUUUUCUUGGUAAUAUGAUACAGGAAACUAAUUUAUGAAAUAGAAAGUAAAGCUAAAUGGAGUUGUAUUUAAACUGUCUUGGAGAUGGUAAAUGAAGAUUUUAUGCUACCUUUCUCUUUUCUUUUCUUUUUUUUUUUUUAAAGAUUUAUUGAUUGAUUGAUUGAUACAUACAUACAUGCACUGGGUACAGUCAGAAGCGUGGGAGGGUGAGAGAAUUCACCAGAGCCAGAGCAGGGAGCAGAGCAGGCAGAAGGACCGAAGUACACUGCUGAGGGGAGCAGCGUGCAGCAGGAGAGGUCUGAGCGCCAUGUGGGACCCUCCUCCGGUGGCCUGGGAGCAGCCGGGGAUCAAACCGGCGCCGCAGAGGCGGCGGGCAGCUUCGCAACCCAGCGCUCAACCGCUGCGCCACCGGGGAGGCCCAUACCUUUCUCUUUUCUAUGCCACUUAAUUUCACAGGUUCUAGAGUGGCCAGUUCUGUGAAUUUUUUUUUUUUAAAGAUACAAGUCAUACAUUAAUACCAUCAUUUAAGCUUUGAAAACUUGAUGGUAAUUGUCUGGUUUCUGCAAUAAAUGUUAUCAAAUUUUUGAUGUUUCUCACUUUUGUGGUUUCUUUUGUCAUUACAGCUUUGUAAACUGUUAUUUUCAUCAGGCCCCACAUAAUAAGAGUUCUAUCUUGUUGAGACAAUGCAGGAAAGGAGGAGUGAGUGGGAACUUGUUUCUCAUGAUGGUAAGCUUUAUAAUGAAGUAAUUCUUAAAAUCUAGAAAAGCACAUAAAGGAAAAUGGUCUCCCGUAG